CUUCCGUAAACAACGCGGUUCGCUCUGGGUGAAAAUGAGCUAACUCCUAAAGGAUUUGUGUUGUUAUUAUUAAGGGCUGUAAACGUUCUGCUUAUACAAACGGCGAAUUAAAGAUCGAGAAACCCACUAAAACUCCCAGCUGCCAUGGUUCGCUUGACUGUAGAUCUGAUUGCCAGAUCUAACAAUCGCCUUAAAACCAAAAGAAAUUUCUCCAUCCAACAUUUUCUCAAGAAAUUAACACAUCUCAACUUUUCAAACAGGAACAUCGAUGAUAUCGAUGACCUUUCCAUGUGCAGAAACCUCACAGUUCUCUACUUGUAUGAUAAUCAAAUUACACACAUCUGCAACCUGAAUUUUGCUUCCAAUCUCACGCACUUGUACAUGCAGAACAACAAAAUCACUCACAUAGAGAACUUGUCAUGUUUGCAGAAGCUCUCCAAAUUGUUUCUGGGGGGCAACAGCAUUACGCUGGUCGAGGGUUUGGAGCAAUUGAGAGAGCUGAAGGAGCUGCACAUCGAAGGCCAGAGACUCCCACCAGGAGAGAAGCUGCUCUUUGACCCUCGUACUGUCCACAGCCUGUCGGAGUCGUUAUGUGUUUUGAAUAUUAACAACAACAACAUUGAUGAGAUACAGGAUCUGGCUGUUCUUAACAAACUGACACAUUUAUAUGCUGCAGACAACCAGCUAGAGGACAUACAGGAAUUGGAGACGGUGUUUAGCCAGUGGCCUCAACUGCAUCGAAUGGAUUUGCGUGGAAAUCCUGUCUGUCAUAAACCCAAAUACAGAGACAGACUAAUAACUGUUUGCAAAAUGCUGGAGGAACUUGAUGGGAAGGAGAUAUCUGAGUUGUCUAGGCAGUUCUUAAUCAACUGGAAAGCCUCAAAAGAUGCCAAGAAGAAAAUAACAGAUGGUAGAGACAUGACAGGACAAAUCACAUAUCCCUUUUCUGCUGACUUUCACUUGGGCCCCCAACAUCCCUUUGCCUAUAACUCUGCUGGCUUUCUGGGGAAGAGGAAGCCGCUCUGGUUUGGGAGACCCACCAUGAAAAUGAGGUCAGGCGCAGUGCGGACAGACUGCGGAGACAUAAGUAUGAAGAAUCAUGAAGACCCCCUGAGCGCAGGACUAAUUACAGAUAUUCAAGAGACGAAAGUUCAGAGUCACAUGCCUCUCUGAGCAUCCUCGAGAAGAAACUUUGGGGACCUCUUAGACGUUUCCCAUGGCCUGCACCCUGCACAGAGACAGUUCAUCACGAGUGCAUGUGGAAUGGAUCUGAGCGCUCACAAAAAGAUCAAGUCCACAGUAAUUGUCUGUCAUAACGUCAGAAUGCCACUUUCAGAGCUGUAGCACACUGACAGCAAGCACUCCGAGUCACAUUUCGUUCUGUGCACUCACACACUGCCUCUGUCUUCGAUCAGUUUAUUGACAGCUAUUUGAUCAAACGAUGCCUGUAAGAAUUUGUUUUUAUCACAUUCCAGUGAGCUUUAUCUUAAAGCCUCAUUAGAUUUUAUUUUAAUAAGUUUACUAUUUGUUGAACAUCAGGUCUUCCUGUUAUUUACAGUAUGAGACAGUGUUUGCAUUAAAAUAUAUCCUUAACCUUAGGUCUUUUCUCUGUGCUUUGUGUCUUUAAGUGAAACUUGACAUAUGUACGCUUCUACGUUCAAACUGACAGCCAUUUUAGAGUUUUCCUAAUAUUUCAUAAUAUUCAAAAAUUAGUUCUUAUAUAAUUUGUUUUACAUUAUUAUUGGCAUCAAGAUUAUUUUGCAACCUUGUAAAAUUUGCAAAACACAUUGCUGCUGUGUAACUGUGUACAAAAUCCUAAGUGAUAACUCUCAGGCCUAAUUUUAUUUGUAAUGUGCAACACAUUAAACAGAAUUAUUAGUGAAAUAGUGAAAUAUGUCAAAUAUGUGAAUCAAACAAUUUUGCCUUUUUUUUAAAAUGACUUCUAAUUUUCCUUUUUAUGUGGAGCCAUUUUAUCACUCAAAUAAUGCUACUAAAGAUAUUCACUGUAGAAUAAUGAAGACUAUAUGUCGAUCAGAUGCCUUUCAUUUGGUCACUGUACCCUGCAAUAAACCCCAUGCUGUAAUUGGCCAGUCUAUUGAAGAGGUUUUGUUUUUUUCUAACCACACCGCGGUUUACUGUGUAAGACAUAGAGUAAUUAGGCAGAGGAGCUUACUUAACCUCAUUUGCAGUGCUUCAUAAUUAGUGGCCUGGAGCAAAACUGUUACUUCAUCCUUACAAAAACAUUGUGUAUUAAGAACAGUCUGAGAUAUACAAGUUAUGAAUAAUUCCAUUCAUUAAUUCCCCGACAUCUCCGUGUGUGGACUCUGGAAAUCAGGGUGAUUAAUUUGGGAGUCUCACAAGA